AUGACGAACAUGGGUAAAGGACUAGUGGGAACCAACAAGGCAUUGAUAUGCUUGUGGUUGGUGAUGCUGCUUCUCCUUUCAUCUGAAGAGAUGAGAUCUGAUGGCUGUGAAGGUCAUGAUAGCCAAACCUGGGAUGGCAACAUGUGUGUAAAGCACGGCACCUGCAAUGUGGUCUGCCAAAGAGAGGGUUAUGACAGAGGCCGCUGCUACGUGACUGUAUGCAGGUGCUACAAGAACUGCACUGCUCUACCAAUUUAG